AUGGACCGCAAUCCCACAGAAUCCUACACCACCCAUCUAUCCACCAAAACGUGGUACGCAUUCGACCUCGACGACACGCUGCAUGAAUUCCGCAACGCCUCAACCACCGCCUCCACCGCCGUAUUCCAAACCAUCCACCAGGAAACCGGGGUCAGCAUUGGCGCCCUUAAAACCACCUACAGAGACAUUCUUGCCCGUACGGCCGAUGUAUCGGCAUUCACCGACGGGAAAACCUCUCUCGAGUAUCGACGGGAUCGAUUCUCUCGUUUGCUUCACCGUCACGUAAUCCCCUCGUCGGAUGAGAAGGUUGAUUCUCUUGUCCGUAUCUACCAGACUCGUCUGAAGGAAGCGUUGCGGUUAAAACCGGGGGCGUUUCAACUCCUCCAGACGAUUAAACGACUCGGAAAAUAUGUCCUGGUCAUCACGGAGGGGCCGCAGGAUUCCCAGGAAUGGACUCUGAAUGAACUCGGACUACUGCCGUAUGUCGAUCUUCUGGUGACUUCUAAUGGAAUGGGGGUAUCCAAGGUAGACGGGUUGUUUCCUCUCGUGUUGCGGAGAUUUGCUAUUUCAGCGCAGGAUAUGCUGUACAUGGGGGAUAACGAAUCUCGCGAUGUGCUUCCCGCUCGCGAGGUUGGUAUUUUGGCAGUGCUGUAUGAUCAAAGCGGCCCGUCUCAAUUGCAUGAUCCGUUGGAUUUGCGUGUGAAUUCUUUGACCACGUUGAGUCUGAUGCUAGAGAGUCCUUGA